UAAAAAAUAAAAAAAAUAAAAAAAAAGUGUGAAGAAAGUGGAAAAGGGAGAAGAAAAUGCACCCCACCAAAUUCUUAUUCAUAUUCAUAUUCUGAUUGAGUUCUAACGCAGCCAAUUCAAUUCAAACAUCCUCUGAAUUCUCUCUCUCUCUUCCAACAAACAUUCAGAGGGAGUAAAUUAUAUAUAAAAAAAUGGCAGCAGCAAGUGUGGCAGCAGCAGGAACAGGAAGUAGGCAUUUGCUAUUUGAGAAAACCCUUUUUAAAGGACAAGGUCAAGGUGGUUUCAACUCUACUUUGAGGAAUUCUCAAAUUGCAUUCGCCGGAUCAACAAGAUUGGAGCUUUCAUGGUCUUGUGCAGUGACGCGAUCCAAAUUGUUUCACCCUCAUCAAAAUGUUUGGCUUUCUCACAUGAGAAACCAGAAGAAAAUUCUAGGAACAAUAUCUGCAUCUUGUAUGAGCGAUAAAACAUCGAUGUACUUUGAUUUUGCAGUUAUUGGUAGUGGGGUUGCUGGCCUUCGGUAUGCUCUUGAAGUUUCAAAGCAUGGAACUGUUGCUGUGAUAACCAAGGCUGAAGCUCAUGAGAGCAACACAAACUAUGCUCAAGGUGGUGUUAGUGCAGUGCUGUCCCCUUCGGAUUCUGUAGAAAGUCACAUGCAAGAUACCAUUAUUGCGGGAGCUUAUCUUUGUGAUGAGGAGACUGUCAGGGUGGUGUGCACAGAAGGGCCAGAGAGAAUUAGAGAACUGAUUGCAAUGGGUGCAUCCUUUGAUCAUGGCGAUGAUGGAAAUUUGCACUUAGCAAGGGAGGGUGGCCACUCUCAUCACAGAAUUGUUCAUGCGGCUGAUAUGACUGGUAGGGAGAUAGAGAGGGCACUAUUAGAAGCAGCUAUCAGGGAUCCUAAUAUCUUCUUGUUUCGACAUCAUUUUGCAAUCGAUCUAUUGACUUCCCAGGAUGGCUCGGACACUGUUUGUCAUGGUGUUGACACUAUAAAUACUGAAACACUUGAGGUGGUGCGUUUUCUAUCAAAGGUGACUUUGCUUGCAUCUGGUGGUGCUGGUCAUGUCUAUCCAACCACAACAAAUCCUCUGGUAGCAACUGGAGAUGGAGUUGCUAUGGCACAUCGAGCUCAAGCUGUAAUCGCAAAUAUGGAGUUUGUUCAGUUUCACCCAACAGCCUUAGCAGAUGAAGGGCUUCCUGUAACACCGGAAAAGGCCAGAGACAAUGCGUUUCUCAUAACAGAAGCUGUGAGGGGAGAUGGAGGGAUCCUAUAUAACUUAGACAUGGACAGAUUUAUGCCACAGUAUGACGACAGGUUGGAACUUGCACCACGAGAUGUUGUAGCACGAAGCAUAGACGAUCAACUGAAAAAGAGAAAUGAGAAAUACGUUCUCCUUGACAUAAGUCACAAGCCACGAGAAGAGAUCUUAUCUCAUUUCCCCAACAUAGCAGUAGAAUGUCUUAAGUAUGGGAUUGACAUUACGAAGCAACCAAUUCCUGUGGUCCCCGCUGCUCAUUACAUGUGCGGGGGAGUUAGAACAGGGCUACAGGGGGAAACCAAUGUGAAGGGCCUUUACGUUGCAGGAGAGGUAGCUUGCACAGGCUUGCAUGGGGCAAAUAGGCUCGCCAGUAAUUCAUUACUAGAAGCCUUAGUUUUUGCAAGAAGAGCUGUUCAGCCUUCAAUCGACCAUAUGAGUAACUUGACAGUAGUCAAUUUAAAAGCUGCUUCGGAUGGGUGGGCCCUACCAAUGGUCUCUACAUCACUUGGUGAUGAUGUACUCAGAAAACUCAUAAGAAAGACAAACGGGAUAAGGAAAGAAUUACAGGCUAUCAUGUGGAAAUAUGUUGGUAUUGUAAGGUCAACUGCUAGAUUAACAACUGCAGAGAAGAAAAUAGCCAAAUUAGAAGUGAAAUGGGAGGAAUACUUGUUUCAACAUGGAUGGAAACCAACAAUGGUUGGACUUGAAGCUUGUGAAAUGAGGAAUCUCUUUUGUUGUGCCAAGUUGGUAGUCAGCAGUGCUUUAUCAAGAACCGAGAGUCGUGGUCUUCACUAUACAAUUGAUUUCCCUCAUCUAGUGGAAAGCAAAAGGCUCCCAACCAUUAUUUGGCCUUCCUCACUCAUCAACACUACAUGGAGUACAAGGCAGCUUCAUCAGCAGUCAAUCUGCCUCUAGUAUAAUUAUACUCUAGCGGCCCCUUUAAUAGACGGUAAAUGGCCUUUGAUAGACGGUAAAUGGUGAUAAUAGUAUUCAUCUUAUAUACAUGUCAACUAAUUAACAUGGUCAUGCACAUACUAGCAUGUACUUCUCUUUCUCCUUACCAUGGACAUUUAGAAACCAAGUUCCUUACCAUGGAUAUUGAGAUUGGAGUUUUCGUACAAAGUUACAUAUUCACUCUUAUCAUUACCAUUAUUUAUUACCGCUUACCAAAAAGGCUGCAAAAGCAUGUCGGAGUUUUUUGUAGCUUAAAUGAUGUCCUUGUCAUUUAUAUUCGAGUAGCCUUUUGUCCUGUUUUCAA